CAUUUUUGUUCCUGAUUCGUCGCCAACCGAUUUCUCAUUCGAAUCCUUCUUUUAGAUCUCUUCAACCUUUUUUUCAUUUUUCAUAAAAAUGUCCGUCUUGAGGACGCGCAGGCUCGUCAACAUAACGCUUGCCCUGUUCACAGGCACCUUCCUCUUCUACUUAUCUACCUCCUUCCAAACAAUCGACUUCGAAUUCGGCAACACACACUCAGCGCAGGACCGGCCCCACACCAAUGAACCGUCAAGCACCAGCAGGGAGCAAGGAUCCGGGCCUCUAGACCUGCAUCAAGUACCAGAUACAGCUACUAUCCUCCAACAACAAAAGAAACUGGACUGGCAUAAACCCCUGGUCAAGGAAAGCGAUGUCAAGUCGUCUUUGUAUAUCCAAAAACCAGAGUUGAGACUUGACCCGUCCAUCAAGUAUUUGGGUUUCAUGCCAUAUGCUGGACUUACGAAUCAGUUCAUCGCGCUCGAAAACGCCGCCUAUCUGGCCCUGCGCCUCAACCGCACCCUAAUCAUCACACCAAUCACGACCAAUUCCCACAACAAGCAUAAUUCGAACCAACCUUGGUCCGACUACUUUGAUUUCGACCGCUUCACCGCCGACACCGGCAUCCCAACUGUCAAUUGGAAAGAUAUCCGACCACUUACGCCUGAACAGAUCGAGGUCGGACGACAGAAGAUCCACUUCGGAGAAAAGAAACCCUUCCCGCCUUGGGAUGCUCUCGCAUUAAACUUGACCUGCCAAAUCGUGUACGGAUAUGGCGACUCGGAACCGCUGCAUGGUACGGAGAAAGCCUUCGCACGACAGUUCAUGUUCAAGCCCCAGUUUGUGCGUCCGCCGGCACGGAAGACAAAGACACAGCUGUACGAUCGGACCAAGAUCAUGGCGCAGGAUAACAAGAACUUGGAGGAUAUUGUCACAAUCGAUGACCUGGUGGAUCGGUAUGAGGACAGCCAGGAGCAACUGUUAUUCUUGAGCCAUUCUUACAAGUUGAAAGAUCCUCUCGGUCGACGCAUAUGGUCCCAAGUCGGACAAUAUCUACGGUUCCACCCAAAGGUCGACGAUUAUGUUCAGCGGCUAAUCCAACAGCGUGCUCCGGGGACAAUAUCCAACGGCGGAAAGUACAUUGCGAUCCAUGUCCGGAGAGGCGAUAUUUGGCUCAAGUGUCGUUCGGAGAAUCCCGACGACAUGAUGGCCUGUAUCAUUCCUUUGGGUCACUAUGCCGAGGCCGUUGAGCAGGCGUAUCAAAUCGCGGGAAAGCGAUUGCCGGUGAUUGUGACGACGGAUUCAAAAUCGGAGGGCGAUCUUCUAACGAUGGCAAAGCUGGGAUGGCGAAAGUUGAAUCAUGAGCUGUAUACGACCGAAGAGGAAUUAGGGAUCUUUGGGCCGGAGUUGGUCGAUGCGGCAGUGCUAGCGGGAGCGGAGGUGAUGAUCGGAAGUGCGAGCAGUACAAUGACAAAGGUGGCCGUGUGGAGGCAGAAGAGCUGGCAUCAGCGAGAUGUGCUGUAUCCACGCACAGUGCCUUCCUGGACACCUUUUGAAUAGUCGCUACUGCUGCAGUAGGCGGUUCUUUUUUCCAGCAUUCAGAGCGUUUCGUAGCAUUAUACUCAUACCCCCCCCUACAUACAUACACCAUUCUUGCCUGUAAUAUAUUGUGCCUUUCAGAUAAAAUUGUAAAAUCUCAGAGCUAAUCUAAGGGUAACAAUAAACGAGAACCUCGAAUAGCGACAUGACUCC